UCACAGAACCAAUUAAUGACUCAUAACUGGUAUUCCGAGGAAUCAGGAGUAUACAGUAGCAGACUGCCUCGAGUUACCCUUCCUUCAGACCCAUUUUGUGAUGUUGUUUCCUGCGUAUUUUCACACAAACACAACGGAAAAACUGCACUCAUUGAUGCCGAAACCGGGGUCUCCAUUUCGUACUCAGAGCUCCAACCGUUGGUGAAAUCUAUGGCCAGUGGGCUUCACCAUAUGGGUGUUUCAAAAGGUGAUGUUGUUUUGAUUCUUUUGCCGAAUUCAAUCUACUAUCCUAUCGUUUUCUUAGGUGUUUUAUAUCUUGGUGCUGUUGUAACUCCCAUGAAUCCUUUUAGUAGUUUCUCUGAGAUAAAAAAACAAACACUUGGUAGUCAUGUUGGUUUCGCUUUCACUUUGCAUGGUAGAGCCAAUGAAUUGAACUCACUGGGAAUUCCGUCCAUUCGGGUGCCUGAAAACGCCAAAUUCGAUUCAAGCCUAGUUCACUAUGCACCUUUUUACAAGCUUAUUUCGGGUGAUUACAAUUUUGUUCGACGUUCAACAAUUAGGCAAGAUGACACUGCUGCAAUUCUGUAUUCAUCAGGCACUACUGGUGGUAGUAAAGGUGUUGUUUUGAGUCAUAGAAAUCUGAUUUGUGGGGUUGAGCUUUUUGUUCGAUUCGAAGCUUCACAGUAUUCGAAUCCCAGCGAAGAGAACGUGUUUUUGGCUGUUAUUCCCAUGUUUCAUAUCUAUGGACUUGCACUUUUCGCCAUGGGGAUUUUAUCACUGGGUACCACGAUUGUUGUUAUGAGAAAGUUUAACCUGAAUGAGAUGGUGGAUUUUAUCGAUAGAUACAGAGUUACUCAUCUUCCAGGAGUGCCACCAUUGGUGACAGCUUUGACCAAAAUGGGAACUGGUGGAAGAAUGAAGAGUUUGAAGCAGGUCUCAUGUGGAGCUGCUCCAUUGAGCACCAGAAGCAUAGAGGAGUUUCUGCAGUGUUUUCCUCGAGUCGAUUUCAUUCAGGGUUAUGGCUUGAGUGAAUCAACGGCUGUGGGAACACGUGGAUUCAACACUCGAGAUGUUCACAACUAUACAUCGGUUGGACUUCUGGCUCCGAAUAUGGAAGCCAAAGUGGUUGAUUGGGUUACUGGUCCGCAUCUGCCUCCUGGAAAAACUGGCGAACUUUGGUUACGUGGACCGGCUAUAAUGAAAGAAUACUUGAACAAUAUGGAGGCAACUUCUUCGACGAUCGAUAAGGAUGGUUGGCUGCACACCGGGGACGUUGUUUAUUUUGACAAAGAUGGUUAUUUACAUAUCGUUGAUCGAGUGAAAGAGAUCAUAAAGUACAAAGGGUUUCAGAUUGCUCCUGCUGAUUUGGAGGACGUGCUAGCAUCUCAUCCAGCCAUACUUGAUGCUGCAGUAACAGGUAGCAGGGACGAGGAAGCCGGAGAGGUUCCAGUGGCAUUUGUAGUGGUGAGACCGGGAGCCGAAGUUUCUGAGUCGGGCAUAAUCGACUUUGUAGCAAAACAGGUUGUGCCGUAUAAGAAGGUGAGAAAAGUGAUGUUCAUGAACGCGAUACCACGGUCUGCGGCCGGAAAGAUUCUGCGGAGGCAAUUAAAAGAGAAAUUAUAUUCAAGACUUUAAUCACGAAGCCCUUUUCAAGAAACAUUAAUCUGGUUGCUGGUUUUCGUAUUUGCAUAAUUUCUGAAGCAUGGGUUCGAGUGGGCCCAGGUCUCGGUGGUUCUUUUGAACAGUAAUCUAAUAAUAAUUUGGUUGCUGGUUUUCAUAUUUACAUAAUUUCUGAAGCAUGGGUUCAAGUGGGCCCAGGUUUCGAU